GCUGACACGCACGUUCAAUCACUCUGCGAAACAUUAUUCAACUGGUCGAUAUUUUGUGUAUUCUCUGUGGAGCUGGCCGGAAUAAGUGUUAUGAGUCUUUAUAGGAUAUAUGAUUGUUUUUUUUCCCGAAAAAUAGCAUAGAUAUUUAAAUCUAUAUCCGUUCGCCGAGUUUGUGCUUUAAUCUAUAAUUAAAAUGUGAAAAAUCACGCUGGAUAUAUAAAAAUGGACCCAGUGAAAAUAGCGGUUUUAAUAUUUUCCCUUUUGCUGGGAGCGGAGCACGGAGGAUGUCGAGGUCUUCAUCCCGACGGCGAACACUGGAUGCGUAUCCGAACUCGCCUCAUGCAUCCGACGAAUUUCGUCGGCGUUCGAAUAAACGCACAUGGCGAGCGCGAAACGCGAAUCGCCUGCAACAAGACGCUGUAUUUGGAGACGUUUCUCCAUAGCGGCUACUCGCCGGACUAUGACAUGACGUUACGUCAGGUGACCGACGGCCGGAAAAUACUUCAGGCGGUGUUUCAGGGAGGCACGUUGAAAGAGUGCGACCUCUCGUCAGACUCAAAUCAGAUGUUGGAUUUUAUAUCAUCUUUUGUUACGGGGGAUAGAGACAUAUAUAAGGAAGACUUCGGCAACGUUUUUAUAUCUACGUCGCUCACAAACUAUACAACCCACAAUGUGUCGCUUGCGCAUUUGACGUUCAAAGAAGCAACAGAGCUGAGAGAGCUCAAAGAUUACGUCAAUAUGAAAACCUUACGGAAAGAAUGUCGCAUUUUUUUGGACCAUGCCAGCGCGAACAGCGGAACAGGAAGCGAAAUCCGGAAACAUCACCGACAUUUAUGCAGAUAUUAUCGAUACACUCGAUCCUGAAAAACUGAAGAGCUACAAUGACAUUUUUCCCGCGCCAAAGAAAAUAGCACAAUCAAAACACCAAGACCACAACAUCUCGAAACGGUCAUCAGUCGUGCCGAUUAUGAAGAAUCACCGUUCGAAACGCGGCGCGUUCGAUUUCAGCAGCGUUCUGAUCUUUCCUGGCACGAAAUGGUGCGGCAAGGGCGACCUGGCGCAGUGCUUUGAUGAUCUGGGGGACGAUCAUGAGCUGAACAUGUGUUGUCGCGACCACGACUGCUGUCCCUUAGUCAUCCCGCCGUUCACUUCACGUCACAACCUCUUCAACUACCGCUUGCAUAGCCUGCUGCAUUGCGAAUGCGAUCAGCGGUUUCGUGGAUGCCUGCGUCAGUCCGUGUCCUCGAUGGCAAAUAUGAUCGGCAAGAUCUACUUCAACAUUCUGGUUAGCAAGUGUUUUACGUUCUUCGAGGAGGAGGUGUGCGUUGGGCGGUCCUGCUGUGGCCGAUGUCUACGGUACGAGUCACAGCAGACCGCCCUGCUUGAGAGCCAGGUGGCCUUUAACGAAGAGCAUUCCUUAGAAAACGUCGCCAUGGACAAUGAAAGAAGGUGGAAAUAGAGCGAAUGUCGGUACAUGUAUUAUAUUUGAAAGAAAGUUUAGAUAAUGUUAUUCGAGACAUGGCGAUGUUGCAACUGAAAUGGCUGACUGUUUUCAAGUACGAGUAAAGGAAGGAAUAUAUGGGAGAUUCAAGUGCAGGUUGUUCGAAUAUCGGGGGAUUGCAAUGACAUAUUGUUUGACAUAUUAAAUAAUGGAAAUAGUUCAGGAAUACACACACCAUUUCGAUUCUAGUAGCAAUGGAAAUAUAGAAAGAUGACAUAAUGCAUUGAUUCUGAAAAGAAAACGACGUAUGUCUUGCUUCGAGUUUCUAGCUUAAAAAGGGAUUUUACAUCCAUGGAAUACAUUUGGAAUGUGUUGUUAUGUCGCGCAAUGAUUGUAUUGCAGACGCUGUGUAUGAAGUUCUACUUAAGUCGCGCACUGAUUUUAUUGCAGACGCUGUGUAUGAAAUUCUACUCUAACUGUUCAAUAACUGAGUCAGACAGUGUGGUGAUUAGUAAGUUGUUCAAGUAUUUAUUUUAUACGAUGGAAUGUUAUUGCAGAAUGUAUGUCAUUGGAGUGCUACUUGUAACACACAUGUUGGUACUAAGAAGCAAUAGAUAGGAACAAAUGAUGCCAAAUAAAUAUAAAUAGACAUUUACCCAGAAACAAAAUGACUUAAUUGCUACUAUAUGUAAUGGGUAUAGGUAAUUGACAAUAUGCCUAAUUGUGUAGUACAACGGUUAAUCGAUUUACGCCCUUGUGAAGAAAUAUUGAUAAGAUUGGACGCCGCAAUAAAGUCACAACAAUCGGUGAUUGUAUGAUAAAGUUACUGAUGUCUACAUAAGCCUUGCAACGUGGCCUUAAAACAAUACUUAUACUAUAUGCAAUAACAAAUUUGAUAUCUCAAACGCAAAAAUGCAUACCCCAGAAACACACCAACCUACUAGCUGUAUAAAGCACAAUUAACUCUUUGUUUCUAGAUGAGUUUGUGUAUAUAGGGUUAUCAUAUAGCAAAUAUAAGUUUUUUUGUCUAAAAUGUGUUUGUUACGAACUCAAUACGAAGUCUUUGACUUUUUGGAUUAUGUUUAAUGUGUAAUAUAUAAAUAUCAAAGGAUGUAAAUGGUGCACAUGCAUGGUAGUGUAAAUAUAAACAAUUUUCAGAUUUCUACUUUUUCCCUUUAUUAACCCAUUUAUGCCUAGCGUCUAGAAAAAAGUCCUUUGCAAACAGAGUAGACCCAGAUGAGGCGCCGCAUGAUGCGGCGUCUCAUCAGGGUCUGCGCUGUUUGCUUAAAUGAAUUUCUGUAAGAAAUAUCUAAAUAUAGAAAUAAAUAUACUAUACAUCCCUAAUUUUGGAAAUAAAUUGAUCCAAUUAAGAAGGAUGGGAUAGCCCACUAGGCAUAAAAGGGUUAAUGUGUUUCAUGCGCCUGGUUCUACCAAAUUCUACAAAAUACAUAAUGUAUACAUUGUUUACUCGAAGAAAAUAAGCACGUUUUGGUACAUGCUUAGGCACGAAGUUAUUGAAGCCGGCAAUUAAACACUCACACGCAAACAUUACUGAAAUGAAAUGUUUGAUUUGCAGGGAAACUGUAGUAAAAUAUAGAUAUUCAUGUUUUGCAUUUGUUUUUUUCUAAGAAUGUGUAGUUAAAAUCUUUGUGUUUUAUUUAUUAAUUUUAAUGAUUUGUUAUGUAUUGAACGGGUACUAAUUAUGUUUAUAUGUAAUAUCAUUU